AUGGAUUUGUUCUUUUCUAAGUUAUUUCUUGUUUGCCUUCUAAUUUCUCUGAUAGUAUCUUGUAUUAUUACUGAGCUUGGUUGUUUAGAUUGGGAGGAGUUGGAUGCGGAGGAAGUUCUUUUCAAGCUUCAGUCUAAAUUGAACGAGGCAAUAGCUUAUUUGAUAUAUUUGCGGAAACAGAAACGUUCUCUGCGCGAUUAUAGUGCGAAGAUGGUUAGUUAG